GGCACUCCCUGAAAUAGACAUUCAGGGGGUGGAAACCCAUGAGGGCCACUGAGGGUCAGCAGCAGAUUUCUCCCUUGAGAGUUAAAUAAAUGUCCUUAACUGGAUGAUGUCUUCACAUUUAUUUAUUUCUUUUUGGCUGAAGUCCUGCAUUAUCCAGAAAUUCUGCUGCAACACUUGCAGAGGAUGCAUGUUUCUGUGGGAUUGGCCCGAGAUUCCCACGGUCCCCCUUUUCCACACAGGCGCGCGCGCGCUUACGCACGCUCACGCUGGAGAUCAGGCUGCACAGAGCGGCGCUGCGCUGCACCACUUUUUACUUAUCCACCACACGCACACACACAGGGAGAAAAAAGGGCAUUUUUCUGGCUGUGCUGUUGCGCUGCUCCGUGACUCGCACAGGAAAGUGAGGAGGAAGAGCGGAUCUUCAUCCCAGGUGCGGCAGAUUCGAAGGAAAGUGUGGAUUAACGGUGGAUGGAAGUGGAGAUUGUGGUUUUUGAUGAUGCCCGCGAGGCACUUUCUGCUUCGGAUUUGCGUCCAAAACAAGCCUGAAGCCAGAGGAUGACAGCUGCCAGUCCGGCCUGCAGCCCUGCCUCCUCCUCCCAGUCUGCAUCCCUCUGCCUCCCAGGAUGCCACUCCUUCCUGAGACACAGCGACGCCUACCAAACCAAGCUGCGCCUGGGCUCUGCUCCAGGUGUGUGGCUCCUGCUGGGUGUGCUGGUCGUGCUGGUGGGGUUGAGCGUGGCCGUGGCCGGUUACGUCUCGGCCCCUCCGAAGGCCGUGGGCGGACGUGGCGUCACCCACGCUGAGAAGAUGAAAAUAGUGGGCCCCUUCGUCAUGGGAGUUGGCAUCUUCAUCGUCAUCUGUGCUGCCACGUUGCUGUACGAGAACCGGGAUCUGGAGAUCCGCAAACUGGAGACGUGCGAUGACCUGGAGAAUCUGAGAGUGGGAGACUCCUGGGAGCAGCUGAGCUUCACCCAUCAGGAGGAGUGCACGGAGGAAGAGGAGGCAUCCUGGGCCACUCCGGCCCACAUACUCCCCCUCUCCAGCCAGAGCUCCCUCUUUCCUCUGGCUUUGCUGCACUCCCAGAGACCCUCGCCACCUCCUACAGAGGCGGCAGCCACACACACAGAGGAGGUGGACAGAAAACAGGAGAACCAGGGAAAAUCAAUUGUGCUGACCCGUGUUCUGCACCACCAGGAGCCCACUUCUCAGCCUCCCUCCCCCUGCCUUUCCAUCUCCAGCUUCUCAGACUCCUGCAAAUUGAGAGAAAACAACAAACGGACAGGCUCUUCUGAGACUCUCUAACACCAAACCCCACCGUCCUCCUGAAAUAUGCAUGACGAGACGUUGAAAGUUCCUUGUGCAUACACGCAAAAGACUAUGCACUCCUCAAUAAACAGAUUUGUCAGAA